AGGUCUGUUUCUUUUGGGAAUUUGAUGUGUGAAUGUUUAACUUGCUGACCAUGGCCUCUGUGUGUCACCAUUGAGGAUAGGGAAAAAGGCUCUCGGUUCUAGAGUGACUAAGUUCAGAGGCAGACGGAGGGAAAUAAACAGACAGAGAGACGGAAAGAGAGCAGAUGGGAGAUGAUGAACGCACAAGGGUGAGACAAUGAUUAAGAAGCAACGCAUCUCAGAAAACUCAAUCAAGUCAAUUGCCAAGUGAACUCACUGGAAAUUAUGAUGCUGUACUGAAUGCCAUUCUGAGACAUAUCUUGGAAGUGCAUAUCUUGUUCCAUAAUAUCUUGGAAGAGUUGGCUAACUCAUAACCAUUGGGCUCAGAAGGCAUUUAAGAUGGCUGUCGCUGCCAUAGAACUGUUGGGCUUUUUCCUGGGCCUUGUGGGCAUGAUUGGCACUCUAACGGCCACGGUGCUGCCCUACUGGGAGAUCUCCUCGCACAUCGGCGCCAACAUCGUCACGGCCGUGUACAACAUGAAGGGCCUGUGGAUGGAGUGCGUGUACCAGAGCACCGGCGCCUUCCAGUGCGAGACCUACAACACCAUCCUGGGCCUGAGCACCAACCUGCAGGCGGCGCGCGCCAUGAUGGUCAUCUCCGUGCUCUUCUCCGCGCUGGCCUGCGCCGUGUCCACCCUGGGCAUGCAGUGCACCGUGUGCAUGGACGGCUCGGCGGCCAAGGCGCGGGUGGCCGGGGCCGGCGGCUGCCUGUUCCUGACCGCGGGGCUCCUGGCGCUGAUCCCGGUGUCGUGGAAGACCCACGAGGUGGUGCAGACCUUCUACACGCUGCACCUGCCCGACAGCCUCAAGUACGAGCUGGGCGACUGCCUGUACGUGGGCAUCGCGUCCUCGCUGAUGUCCAUGCUGGGCGGCGGGCUGCUCAGCGUCUCCUGCUGCGACGAGAUGGACGGGCCCGGGGGCAUGAGGGGCAUGCGCAGGCCCGGGGGUGGGUACCCGUACCCGCACGGCGUCGGGAUGGGCACAGGCGGCGGCGGGGUCGCCCGCGGGGGCGGCUCCAUGCCGCUGCGGAGUCAGCCCGCCGCUGCCACCAAGGGCAACACGCUCAGCCACAACAGCACCAGCAGCCAUUCCACCCACGCCCCCAUGCAGGGCUCCCGUAAGUCACCGCGCCAACAGACGGCCCCUGGCUAUGAUGUUACUGGGUAUGUGUGAAACUGAGGAUCUCAGCUAGCGUUCAAAAAGGAAAAAAUGAAAGAACAAAAAUUGUGCCAAUGGACUGGAUUUUUUUUGUUGUUGUUGUUUGGACUGGCACUACUGCUGGUAAAAAAAAGGACUUACUGUACUGGAGGGAAUGUGACUGUAAUGCCUUCACCGAUGGCUGCCUUUGAAACAAAGCACAGAGGAGAGGAAAUCUCUGUGCUCAGACAGUCCUGUGGCUAAUACACUGCACUAUAACUGCAGAGAGACAUGGACCGAACAUUCAGCUCACAUAACAACACUUGGCAGCAAUGCUAAACAUGGCCAAAAUUCUUGUAAAAGAGGUACAGAUCAACGUUUUUACAAUUGAACUCAGCUUAUCCAUAUACCUUUCUAAAUUGAGAGUGUAAACCACUAAAAGAUUGUCCAGAGCUGUUCAGCUGGGCACAGUAAACAGUGUCAUGAGCAUCCAUUUUUCUUACAUUUGUUAUCGUUUACAAUGUUGAGUGUGUGGUCAUCAUUAAUAAUAAUAUGUGUAGUCAGACUUUAUAAUCUUGAAUCAUAUCACAUGUAUCCCAAACAUAGUAGUUAAGAAUAAAGAGAUUGUGGGGUAAUCAGCAUUUAUUUUACACUUCCAGCUACAACACUAGCCCUUCUUCCAUAUGUCCACAUGUGUACUUGGCACAAGCUAGUCCUGUCCCUGCAGGUCAGAUGCUUUAUCAUGUACAGGCUCUCUUUGGAAUUAGGUCACCUGCAGUCCAACUAAAAAGGACUCUGUCCUUGAUUAGUAUUUGUGUACUUGAGAUGCUCCAAACUUUGAAUAUUGAUGAUUUGUCAUUUCUCCAUAUUUAUGCAGACCGAUGAAAGCAUGCAUUUUGAAAAGUAAAUCAAUUGUGAGUUGUGGCUGCAUUCAUUUUACCUGUUCCAAAACUGUCAGAUCACAUCCAGGUGUUUAUAAAUAUGAAAACAUAUCAUAUCAUAUUUAAUAACAAACAAGAUUAUGAUCACAACUAUUGAAUGUUUCAUCCAACUCAAAGCAGCUUCUGCUUCCACCAGUAACAGAUGUUCAAAUGUGAGUAAAUGAAACAUAAUGUAAAGAUAAUGCAUACCUAAUAAUUACCUAAGAACUGGAGGAGAAGGAUAUCCUCUCUUAAUGUUUCUAUUGUAACUGCUUUGUAAUGUGUAUAGUAUGUCUAUCAUUAGAACAUUGAUUACUGAAAGUACUGCAUAUCAGGUAAAAGUGUCACAUGCGCUCACAUCAGAAAACUGGAGCGAAGAGAAACAAAUGGGAAUGGCAAGCACUUGUUUGGACAUAGAUCGAUAGUUUCACUCUAUGCUGAGUUGAUACUGUAUACUGGCUUGUUGAGCAUGGGGACACGUGGACCUGUGUGUUAGGGGUUGUGUUUGUCUCACAGCCAUGCCAAAUAUUAGCUGAAGUGGAGUUCUCACAUUGAGGUCACCGCAGCACAAGGUCUGGCUGAGACAGCGAGAGGCAGAGAGAGAGAGGAGAUGAAGUGGGAAUAACAUUUAUUGCUCAUUUAUCCAAAUGCUGUCCAGAUAGCUUUUCUUUUUACACAUUAACCAAGUGCUGUAGUUGAAUGACUCAACCCUUUGCUUGUGGGAACAAUAAAACUGUUUGGUUAGAGGUCUUUCUGAA